AUGAAUGCUGGUGAUCGGGAGCGUGAUGUUGAUGAGUUCCGUGCUUUGGGGAAGUUCCAUAGGAACAAUCCGCCAACUUUUGAAGAAGCUCAUGAACUUGACAAAGCGCAAGAGUGGUUGAAGGCGAUUGAGAAAAUCUUUCGAGUUAUGAACUGUUCAGAUGCGCAGAAGGUGCAAUUUGGCACUCAUAUGCUUGAGAAAGAAGCUGAGGAUUGGUCGUGCAACAUUGUUCAAAGAUUUGAUGAGGAUGAAGAUGUUCGUGGAAAGAAGGAAAUUGAAUUCCUUGAGUUGAAGCAAGGUAAUGGUGUCGUAGUUGAGUAUGCUGCAAAGUUUGAGGAGUUGAUCAAAUUUUGUCCCCAUUACAAUAUUGCUAAUGCUGAGAGAUCCAAGUGUCUUAAGUUUGUGAAUGGCUUGAGACCUGAUAUCAAGAAGGCAAUGGGUUACCAACAGAUUACGAGAUUUUCUAAGUUGGUUAACAAGAGUAGGAUCUAUGAUGAGGAUAGUUGUGAGAGUGUUUCUCAUUACAAGUCCUUGCAUGAUAAGAAAGGAAAAGGGAGAUUCCUAGGGAAGCCGUAUGAUGGUAAAAAGAAAGCUGGUGAUGGAAAGAAGACGAGUGGGGGAGGAUCUCACACUCCUGUCAAGUGCUUCAGAUGUGGUGUUAAGGGACAUCGUGCUCCCGAGUGUCCUAAGGGCGUUGUGACUUGUUUCAAGUGUGGCAAGCAAGGUCACAAAUCUUUUGAUUGCAGAGUUUGUUCGAAUGUGACUUGCUACAACUGUGGUGAGAAAGGGCACAUUAGUACCAAGUGCAACAAGCCGAAGAAGGAGCAAGCCAAAGGUAAAGUGUUUGCAUUGUCCGGUGUUGAUACAUCUGCCGAGGAGAGAUUGAUUCGAGGUAUGUGCUUUAUUAAUAAUAUGCCUUUGAUUGCUAUUAUUGAUAUCGGUGCGACGCAUUCUUUUAUUUCUUUGGAUUAUGCUAAGAGAUUGAAUCUUGAAUUAUGUGUUAUGCGUGGAAGCAUGGUUAUUGAUACUCCGACUAUGGGUUCAGUGACUACUUCAUCUGUUCGUUUGAAAUGUCCAUUGAAUAUUUGUGAUAAAGAUUUUGAAGUUGAUUUAGUGUGUCUUCCAUUCAGUCAACUUGAUGUUAUUUUGGGAAUGGACUGGUUGAGGGCCAACCAUGUCUAUAUCAUUUUUUUGCGAAAGCUGUUCUUUUUCUUGAGCCAGAGAAGGAAGCUUGGUGAAAAUGGAACAAUGGGUGAAUUUCCAGUUGUUCGUGAUUUUCCUGAAGUGUUUCCUGAUGAGGUUAGUGAUUUGCCGCUUGAACAUGAAGUUGAGUUCACGAUUGAUUUGAUUCCUUGUACUAGUCCAGUAUCGAUGGCUCCGUAUCGAAUGUCACCAUUUGAGUUGAAAGAGUUGUAG